AUGUCGGAAAUUUCCUCUCCCCUUGAACACUCAAAUUCAAUAGUUUCUUCUGAAGAAUAUUCCUCAAACAUUUCUGAUGCAAUUUCACCAGAGCCAGAACCAGAAUUUCACUUUAAGUAUCAUUUUACAUCCAAAAUCGACGGUUAUUAUUCUACUAAUGUCCAGGAUUUAUUAGAGAAAUG